AUUGUAACAUAUUAAUGGUACUGAAUCGGAUUCCGUUUUGAUUUACCCGUGGCUACAGCUUGUUUGGAUGCCUAUACUAGGAAAUGGGAAAAUCAUACCAAAAGCGAGAGGAUUUGGACAGAUAUUGGUACUCGAGAAAUUGACGUCUAUCGUCUUCCAAAGCUAGACUUCACUGUUUCCCAUCUCAUCUCAUCGCCGGCCAACAAAGAUAUGAGUUUGGAUCUCUCUGUUAAUCUCUGCCUCCUUCAAUUUUGGAUCAUCCCUUUCGUAUGGGAACUAGAAUGGUGACCAAGUUUCUUGAACUACCUGGACUCUAGCUAUCAAAAUCUAUUGUCAGCUCGGCCGCAAUGCGCUCCUAAGAUUAAGGAAUUUAGUUUAAACUUUAAAACGGUAUGAUAAAUGCAAUGUUUUCAUAACCGGGUUUGCCUAAACCAUCCACAUUCCCGCUUUCAAAUAUCCAAACUCGUGGCCACCCGAUACCCAUGCAGAGAGGUUUUUCAAACCCAUCCCCAUAUGCGUGGGUUUCGACUUUCGUCCCAUACAUCCAACAUUAUAAUACCUAAAAUUUGACAUGUAAAUUUUCAAAUGUAACAUUAAACGCACCUACUAUAUCAUGAAGUCGACAAAGAGACAAUCAUUCUCAAUAUGAUUGUGACAUUAUAUUAAUAGGUAGAAAAAAAGACAUUGUGACAUCAUUUUGUGGCGCAACUCAAUACUGACUAAGCACCGCCGAGGCUAUAACAUGAUCCUUACACCUUGUAUGCCACUUUUGGCCAAGGCGAGGCGGUUUCUUUCUGACUUGUGCCAAUCGAGUUUAGAUGAGUGUCUAGGAGUGCUAUUCAGAGCCUUGACCACAUGCAAUAUCGCUAUAAUCAAUUCAUCAUCUUGUUUUUCUGGAUCAUUUCACUUUUAUGAAAUAAUUUCACUAAUUGUUCGAAGCAACACAAGAGCAAAGGAUAAAUUCAUCAUAUGGCAAAUUUGAGCCUAAUGAUGGGUCGGAAUCCGACCAUGGAUAUGGCCAUUAUAGGAUUGCUUACAAUCACAAACAAAGGCGGCAAAAUAUUGACAAAAGCCAGCCUGCAGAUCUUUUGGCUGAGAAGUGGAGUGUAAUCUCUACCACAAUUAAUUUGAUUUACUCCACCCAGAAUUUGGAUCAUAAUGAAGGAUGACUUGGCUCUCCAUAUUCAGAGGCUGAAAAUUUUCUGUGAACAUAUGAUGAAACUUCCAUAUCUCAUAUGUGGGUGGUGAUUUCACUUUCUUUUUGCUUAUUGUUUCCUCAAGGAACCCAAUACAUAAAUCAAACCUAACAAGUUAAGGCUACAGUGGGGCGGCUGCUUAUCUUAAACUAUAAUUAUCAUAAACUCAUAUAUCAUAAACUCUUAGGUCUACUAUUGAGUUAUGAUAUUUCAAUCAUAAGAUCUUCGAUCCAAUGCUGCGGGAAAAUAAAUGCAAACCGAUCCGAUCUAACUUUGACUUUAAAUAAAUCAUAUUAUUUUUUCCCUUUUUUUUAAUGAGAAAAUUGCCUUCUUGUGGAGAAGCUUUUGCUUAAACUCCAAGGUUAGAAAUAAGGGUACCUUUCAUGGAAACAAUGGAAUUGUUAUUUAAGGUCAGAAGCCAGAAAUCAUAGCGAUGGGAGCUAAGAAAAAAUUACGGUAUAAAUGAAAUUCAUAAGUUUUGAGAAAUUCAUUUUGAAAUGAAAACUUUUUGUGUUUGGUAUUUAAAAGAAUUCAUUUUCAAUUCUAAAUUUUGAAUUCUACGAAAUUCGAACUAGUUAUAACAAUUCAUAGGAAUUGAGAUGAAAUUUCCAAAUGAAUUCCACAAGUAUUUACUAAUUAUAAUAAAACAACAUAAUUAUCCUCAUUUAUUUACUAAAUUACUUCUACAUAUAUUAGGCGUCAACUCAGUAGUACGAGGAACGUCGGCAAGAAUUUGAUUGCAACACCAGUAGCAGAUGUUGGUUAUUUGAUAUUUCUGCUUCAACUGUAUCAGUAUGUUGAGAAGACACAAUUAGAGUGUAGGGUUCAUCGACGAAAUAUAUAAAAAGAACUAAUGAAUAGAAUAGAAAUACAUAAGAACACUUUCGAUAUUAUACUUAUGGGACCAAAAUCAUUUUUAGAAGAUGGAUUACAAUAAAUAUUGUUUAUGCAUGAAAUUAAUAAUGGUGUAGUUGAAAUUUUUUAGUUUAAUUCAACUCUAAACGUAUGCCAAACCUGGUUUCGAAAUUGAAUUCAUUUUAUUUCUAAAUAUUUGAAUAUGGCAUACCAAAUACAAGAAUUCAUUUGACAAUGAAUUCUAUAUGGUAAUUCAUUUUAAUAUGAAAUGAAUUCUCGACUCAUUUGGUACCAAACAGUCUGUUAAGGAAUUUGAACCAUGGUCAUUGACUCAUCGGGAAGCGGGGUUAAAGCCUUACCAACUAGUCUAUUUUUAAUUUUUUUAAUACAAAUUUUACAUGUAAAUUUAUCUACAUUUGAAAGUUGAGGAAGGGCUAUAGCGGUAUAGCCCCUCCAGGAUACAACGUGGCUUCGCUAUUGUUUAAGGUAGUGACGACAGUUCUACUGAUAUUUGUUAUGAUGUGAUUUAAAUUCCAUCUAUAUAUCUCCAGGUCAUCGGCUAGAUAAGCAUAUGGUGCCAUUUUGGUUGGCUUCAAUGAGGAGAAGGAUAGCCUACAUUGGGUCCUAUGGCGCUCACUUUGUCGCAGGAAGCAUGGGAUGGAUUGGGUUUGAGACGAUUCGAAUAUUUUAAUUAGGCUCUACUUGUGAAGGUGGCAUGAUGAAUCCUUGAGGAGAGGGAUUCUCUCCUGGCGCAAAUGUAUCGUGAUAAAUAUUUACCUAACAAUACCAUACUUUCUAUAGGGACCUGCAUGAUUUUCAACUUCUGCGAGCGGGCAUACGCUAGUACGUUGGGUCGGUGGAGAAAAUUUUAGUUAUGGGAAAUAAUUUGCAAAAAGUGCUCCAAAUUUGAAUUUUUUUGAAAAAUUGAGGUUCUCUGGUGAGAGAAAACCUACCAUAGUGUUUGAGUUGGUCCGUCAAAGGGCACUUCUCUCGGUCCAAAGUGCCAUUGAAGAUGUGUUUAGGGUUCGGAUAGCUUUCUAGCACCCAAAUCAUAUUUCACUACCUUCCAUCUCCCAAACACCUCUUCUCCUCACGGGCUCAUGUUGCACCCAACAUGUGUGGCAACCCGUCUAUCGUUGAGAUGUGGAAGUGCAGGUUGGGAAGUGGUUCUUGGGCAAUGAAUCCGACCAUCAUGUUCCCCACAUGGGGCAAUGAUAGGGAAGACAAUUUUCCUUUCGCUCAUAUUCACGAGGGAGAGAUGUCUUGAUUUGAAAAUUUUAAAAGUGGUGACGUGCAUGGCAAGUUUAAGUUUAGGCUCAAAAAAUUGAGUCCCUCUUUGAAAUGUGGGAGCACCACCUUGGAGUCCUCGAAUUUUCAAUGUUUUCUAUGAGACACCCAGUGCACACGUCAAGUGUCCGGACCUCCUUAGUUGACAAGGUCCUCAACCGAGAGUGUGCAUGACAUGAUUAGAUAGAAGUAAAGUUUACCCGACUUUGAUUAUUCUCGAGGCACCACCAAUGAUUCAUAGUGCAUACCAUUAUUUUAUUCAUACAAGUUGUACGAGUUUGAGCAGGUUUGCUUGGGGACAAGCAAACAUUCAAGUGUGUGUGUGUGGGGGGGGGGGGGGGUUGAUUCGGGUUAGAUUACAAAAAAAUUCAUCCUUUUACUUACAACGUUUGAUGUGUUUGCACCAUCCUUAGAGCUAGUUUACGUGGGGUUUGUUUGUGCUUUCUCAUGUUUCGGACCUUAUCAGGUAAUCUUGCCACCCGAGUCGAAAAUUGGCCGGGAGAGGAAAAAAAUGGAGCAAAAUGGCUGAAAGUGCAGAGAUCAUGAUUGCGAAGCAAAUGUCACGGGAACAGACCGUAUAAUGGACAAGGAAACUGUGAAUAUUGCACACUUCAAGAAGGGUUCGUAUGCCUCGUGGGCAGUGUCAAGAUCACAGUCUCGAAACCAUGAUUUCAACAAGCGACCCAUGAAAUUCAUUAGUGAAACGGCGCAUUUUGCGCAGAAAACACGCGCGGUUUCACUGUCGACUACACAGACAUGAUGUGAGAUGGUGAUUUGUGCACUAAGAACCAAUAUAAGGGAGAGUUGUCUGAAAAAGGCAAAGUCCUAGCUAGAGAGAUAUAGGAGCUUUGAAUGUUAUAUCAGUUAUGCACUAAAGAAUCUUUAAUAGUGAGUGAUUUGCAACUCUCGAACUACAAUCACCGACAAUCCAAGCCGAAAAUCUCAUCAUAAUUUUCCAAUUAGUGAGCCAUCUCUCUUAUCUUCCAAAUUAGAAAGAAGCUAAUUAAGUUGACGAAAAAUAAUUGAGCCUUGUAAUCAAACAUACAAACGGACAGACAUUACGUGACAUGUAGAUAGAGUCAACGAUAAGAACAAAGACUCCCUUCUUAAUCAAUGAAAUUGAAACGACAACAACUUGAUUAAAUUGAAUAAAUAUACACAACACUAAAUUAUUUGCUUGUAUACAUCUGCGAUGAACGAUCAUGGCAUGAAUUGUAGUGGGCCGGACGGUGUUUUGUGGUGAGAACCAAAUCGGAACUCUAUACCGAAAGAGGUCAAUAAAAGUGGCGUAGUGGGAAUGUGGGAUAGUGGGGUGGGCAAUGGGUCGAUCUGCAUCGGAUAGAAUCGAUAUUUGGACCGGAUCACACCAAAUUGAAUAUAAUAUGAUCUGCUUCUUGGUUCUAUGAAUUUUAAAAUCACCGAAGAAAAAUGAACCGAACUUACAUUUGGACCGGACCAAAACGGACCGAAAGCACUGUCGAUCCGGUCCUUGAUCCUAAUAUAUCUUUUAUUAUUGGACCGCGGUUCUCGUGAAUUUGGUCUGAUCCGUUCCGCGGCACGGACCGAUGCCCAACCCUAGUGGCCGGCAACUGGCAAUCCCACCCCAGUACAAGAAAAAAAAAAGAAAUUAAAAUUCAUGUAUUUCUCACGGUAGCAUUAUUUAGCCUUCAUAACCCAAUAAUUAAAACCAAAGAAGAGAGUAAUUAGUUUUCUCCAUGGUUGUCACGUCGGCCGGCGUGCCACCGAUUGUACGGGGUUCAACCGGUAACGGUCAUAAAACCGGCGUGACACUAUCGGUAUGACUGGCAUGAUCGAUAUACGAAUUUCUAAGUAAAAUCACCUUAUUUUAGAGAAUUUAAUUGAUAAAAAUUAUUUUAUUAUUUAUUUUAUGAGUAUAAAAGUUAAAUAUUGAUGUUAUUUGUUGGAUUCAAAUAUAAAUGUUUAGGUAUUGACGUUAAAUGUCAUGUUUAAAUAUGAGUAUUUAUAAUUUUAUUUGUAAUAUUGACCGGCAUGAACCGGCACAAACCGGUAUGUGUCACCGGUUGAACCAUUCCACUUGCUAAACCGGCGCACUGGCAUGAACCGGUUUGACAACCUUGGUUUUCUCCCACCAUGCUUCCACUUGGCUUUGAUGGCUGGCUAUAUAAGAGAGAGAUGGCUCACUUCCCCAGUUGGAUAUCGCACUUCCUUUCCCAUCUUCCCUACCUUACACAAUCAACAAUGGCCGCCGCCACCAAACUUCUCACCUCAGUCUUCAUCCUCUACCUGUCUUUCGCCUUUCAGUUGUUCCCCUCUGGGAAUAGCGAGCUCCAAUCGAGUUUUUAUGGAGAGAGCUGCCCUAGAGCUGAAGAGAUCAUCAAAGAAGAGGUGAUCAAGCUCUACAAUGAACAUGGCAACACCGCCGUUUCUUGGCUUCGCAACCUCUUCCACGACUGUGUCGUCAAGUCGUGCGAUGCGUCGCUACUGCUAGAAACGGCGAACGGAAUCAAAUCGGAGAAGGACACCAGCCGAAGCUUCGGGAUGAGGAAUUUCAAGUACGUCGCCACCAUCAAGCGCGCCCUUGAGUCCCACUGCCCGUCCACCGUCUCCUGCGCCGACAUCGUCGCUCUCUCUGCCCGCGACGGGAUUGUCAUGCUGGGCGGCCCGAGAGUGGAGCUGAAAACGGGGCGGAGAGACAGCAAGCAGAGCUACGCUUUGGAUGUGGAGAGCUCCAUCCCCAACCACAACGACUCCAUCUCGGCCGUCCUCUCCCGCUUCGGGUCCAUGGGCCUCGACACCGAAUCCACGGUCGCUCUCCUCGGGGCCCACUCCGUCGGCCGGGUCCACUGCGUCAAUCUGGUGGGCCGGCUCUACCCGACCGUCGACCCGACUCUCGACCCGGAAUACGCCGGGUACCUCAAGGCCCGGUGCCCGACCCCCGACCCGGACCCGAAGUCCGUGCUCUACUCCAGAAACGACCGCGAGACGCCGAUGAUUCUGGACAACAUGUACUACAAGAACGUGCUGGAGCACAAGGGGUUGCUUUCGGUGGACCAGCAGCUGGCUUCCGACCCUCGCACGGCGCCGUUUGUGGAGAGGAUGGCUGCCGACAACGGCUAUUUCCACCAGCAGUUUGCCAGGGCGGUGGUGGUAUUGUCGGAGAAUAACCCGCUCAUCGGAGAGGAGGGGGAGGUCAGGAGGGAUUGUCGUUAUGUAAAUGGCAACUAAACGGGUGGGCUUGAAUGAAGUCCGUAUAUUUAUGGGCCUAAGGCCUUUGAUCAUGUCGAAGUGUGCGAGAUAUGUAAUGACAGUUGGAUUGGUCUUCGAGUUGAAACUUGAAAGUGAUUUCGAAAUAAUAUGAUGCAUAUGUUACUGACUUACUGUAAGUAUUGAUUAUCUUUUGUAAAAAAAAAAAAAAUUUACUGUAAGUAUUGGGCGCGUGCUCGAAUAGACUAAUUAACAUCAGCGAGCAUAGCAUAGCACUACUAGCAGGCAUCAGUGGAAAAUAGCCACAUUCCACCUCCACAGUAUAUGUUUGGCAUACACAUGCUACUCUCACAUAUCUAUAGUCUAUAAGUAGUGAUGGCAAUGGAACCUGUUCUGUCGGGUAUUACCAGAUUUGAUUCGCGAUGGGGUGGGUUAUGAAUAUCUACUUUCGCUUAGCCUCACUUUGUUUUUGGCACAUUUUAUCUCGAGUUUUAAAAUAUCUAUUCAUAUUUCUCCUAUUUUGACUUUUCUUCAACCAGUUAGACAUUAUCUUACAACUAAUUAGGCUCGUUAUCCAUUCUAUUAUCACUAUUUUCAUUCAUAAAGUGUUUUAUCGUAGAAAGUAAAAUUUUGGGCGUAUUUUUUUUAAAUAACAUGUAAUAGUAGGUAGACUCGCCCCGCCCCGUACCCGUGCGAGUAUUACCUACAUCAAUCCACAAUAACAUAGAGCAGAACAUGAAUAUUGAGGUACCCGACCGCCCCUUCUCAUCACUAUCUAUAAGUCCAACCAUCAAUAUCUAUUGACUAUUGAGGUACACCAACUUUUGUUUAACAAAUAAAUAAUUACUAGAAAAUAAUCUCGCUUUGCUGCUGCCCUUAUGGAUUGGAAAGUAGUACUCCCCUAGCCUAAUUACCUUAUUUGCAAGGAAUGAAAAUUAUUCAAAAAGGUAUUUCAAUAGUUGUAACAUAAACUCAUGUAAGGAUGGAAACUCAUCGGUUUUGGGUGGAUUGUUGAUAUUUGUCACCGUACCUUGAUUAGCUUAGAUUUUAUUCAUAUCAUUACUCAUAUAAGAUUCGGGUAUGCUCAAAUCAAAUCCAAUCGAGUUUUGAAUAUCAAGGAAUAUCCACGUAUAACUAUUUUCAUUUCUUGUCUCAACUAACUUCUUACUAAUCAUGAGCGUAUUAACAAUAUAAAAAUGAAAAAGUACAUAUAAUGAAGCACCAAUUCUAAGUGAAAUAAUAAAAAAGAACUCAAUUCAUAAAAUGUUAUAUUGUAGUAUGAAUGUAGAAUAUGUUAAGAUAGAAAGAAGGAUUUAUAAGAAAAAAUUGAAUAUACA